GCUGGACCUCUUUGCUUGCUUGCAUCCACAUUGUACACAUGUAAUCGUCUCGCUCUAUCUCUCUUUCAUCCUGUCUUUCCUUAUCUCCCACACCCUCCCUCGGCUUCGGCCACGGAUGCUUCACAGACACCUCCGAUGCAGAUCUGGUAACAAUGCGCUGGGCCGGGUGGCUUUCUUCCAGUCUACAGCUCGACGUCCAGCAUGGUGGGCACGGGACGCUAUGGGCGAGAGGAAAGAGGGAGAACCGAAGGAGGGCGAGAGCGCGAACGAAAUAGACGAUAUAGAGCCCUUCCAGCCCCUUCGAAAUGUCGCAGACUUCUACCGCAGCGAAGAAGUUUUUGACCGGCGAAUCCACAUCAUAGGCGUGGGCAAUGUAGGCCGCUUCAUUGCCCACUCGAUCCGCGGCAUCCCCAACCCUCCACCUAUCACCCUCAUAUUCCAUCGCGCGCUAUACAAGCAGCAAUGGUUGCAAUCGGAUCAGAAGCUUAGAGUGGUCACAAAUGGUCUCGAAGAGAUCAUACAUGGCUUCGACGCCGAAGUAGCAUUCCCUCGCCCCCGUUCUCACGGCCGUGAAACCGCAGUUGACGGCCCCGAGAGCUCCAGCUCGUCUGACCCCUUCGCCUCUGAGCAAAAGACCGGUCCCACAUUCCUCGAAGGCGAAUGUACAGAGCCCAUUCACUCCCUCAUCGUCUGCUGCAAAUCAUCCACGGUGGUUUCGGCCCUCUUGUCGGUCCGCCACCGCCUGCUCCCCUCCUCCGUGAUCCUCUUCCUCCAAAACGGCAUGGGCACAGUCGAUGAAGUGAACGAGAAGGUGUUCCCAGACGCUACCACUCGGCCACACUACAUGCUGGGAAUAAACUCACAUGGCCUUAAUGGUACCCAGGUUGACAAUCCUUUUACCACCAACCAUGCAGGCUUCGGCACUAUCGCUCUAGGAAUCCUUCCACACGCCCGCGACAGUCCAGACGCUACCAAAUACUACCCCCUUGCUCCAGUCACGCGUUUCAAUCCUGGCAUCGACGAAAUAAGCCCAGCAAAACCCAAACGCCCUGCCAAUUCCGAUCCCGAUAGCCCUCAGCCGUAUUCCUCCACUUGGCCCAAGACCGCGCGCCACCUCCUUCGCACCCUCCUCCGCACACCCGUCCUCUGUGCCACCGCCUUCUCUCCUCAAGAUGUCCUUCAGCUGCAGCUCGAGAAACUAGCCGUCAACUCGGUCAUUAACCCCCUCACCGUCCUCCUCGAUGCCCGUAACGGCGCCAUCCUUUACAACUAUGCUCUCACGCGCGUGAUGCGCCUCCUCCUCGCGGAAGCUUCCCUCGUUAUUCGCUCCCUCCCCGAGCUCAGCCACGUACCUAAUGUCGAGCAGCGCUUCGGAGCCGGGCGACUGGAGACACUGGUCGUGGGCGUGGCAAACGCGACGAGGGAGAAUGUGAGCAGUAUGUUGGCGGACAUGCGCGCGGGAAGACGGACAGAGAUUGAAUACAUGAACGGGUGGAUCGUAAAGAGGGGCGAGCUCUUGGGAGUGAGCUGUGUGACGAAUUUCAUGAUCAAGGAAUUAGUCAAGGGGAAGACGAUGAUGAUAUCACAUGAGCUUGGGGACAGCGUACCGUUUGUUGGGGUGCGUGGCGUAGAUGAUGGGACAGGGGAGAACCACUGACUCCAAUUCAUGGGGCUGUUGUAUUCGUUCCACAUAGGAAGACUAAAUACGUUUAAUUGCAAACCAAGCCAGUCCAACUUUUCUUGUCA